GAGAGCUGUCGGCAGAGGGAGGGAUAGAGAGAGAAAGUGAGAGAGAGAGAGAGAGCGCUGUGGAUAGAGGAAGAGAGAGCAGUCGAUGUGAGGAGGGUCUGGAGGACUCGGACCCGCUCGGAAACUUUACAUCCACGGAUAUAAGCGCGCCUCAGAGCGUCUGUAUAUGGAGGAGAGAAACGGCGGAUGACCUCUCGUCUGCGCUGUCCACCGUGUCUUCCUGAAAGCGGGCCGCCAUGUCCCAGAUGCUACACGUGGAGAUCCCAAACUUCGGCAGCACGGUGCUGGGCUCGCUGAACGAGCAGCGCUUAACGGGCCAGUACUGCGACGUCUCCAUCCUGGUGAAGGGUCAGGCCUUCAAAGCUCACCGGGCCGUGCUGGCGGCCAGUAGCCUGUAUUUCCGAGACCUCUUCGGCAGCAGCACCAAAGCCCAGUUCGAGCUGCCCUCGUCCGUCACGCCGGCCUGCUUCCAGCAGAUUCUCUCCUUCUGCUACACUGGCAAGCUCACCAUGGCAGCCAGCGAGCAGCUCGUGGUCAUGUACACGGCCGGUUACCUUCAGAUUCAGCACAUCGUGGAGCGGGGCAUGGACCUCAUGUUCAAAGCCAACUCGCCCCACUGCGACUCGGCCACGGCCGCCAUGGACGAUCCGGGCUCGGAGCCACAGAGUCCCAAUAACAACACCGCCUCUGCGCUAGGACCGCCGGGCUGGUCUCCAUCUCUGUCGGCUCAGGCUCGCCGAAUCAAGCUGGAGGGCUCCGAACCUCUUGUGAACUUCGGUGGGGUUAAAAGACCCGUCAACAGCGACGGAGGACGUUCGGGGCGAGGCGGUCCGGUGUUCUACGCUGGGUUCCCAAUUGGUGUCCCGUCGUAUGCUGCGGCCCCCGGAGAGCGCUCAAGUCCCGGAGUAUCCAGCCUUCCGACCACCGACAGCCCAACGUCAUAUCAGAAUGAAGAUGAUGAGUUUGAGGAAGAGUCGUUUGACGCUGAGGAGAGCUACGGUCAGAUGUGUGGUCGCUCCGCUAACCCUUACGAGAUUUCUGAGAAAGCAGACGUGGCCGCCAUGGCACUGGAGAACCGAUCCUGUGUUCUGCUUCGCCGGGAUCUGGUGGCUCUGCCCGCCAGCCUCAUCAGUCAGAUCGGUUAUAGAUGUCACCCCAAACUCUACACGGAGGGCGACCCCGGAGAGAAGCUGGAACUGGUUGGAGGCACUGGUGUGUUCAUGACCAGAGGUCAGCUGAUGAACUGUCAUCUGUGCGCCGGAAUCAAACACAAGGUUCUCCUCAGACGACUACUCGCAACAUUUUUCGACAGAAACACGUUAGCAAACAGCUGUGGGACGGGGAUAAGAUCCUCCACCAGUGACCCCAGCAGAAAACCCCUUGACAGUCGAGUCCUCAAUGCUGUCAAACUCUAUUGUCAGAACUUUGCACCCCACUUCAAAGAGAGCGAGAUGAACGUCAUCGCCGCCGACAUGUGCACCAACGCUCGGCGCGUGCGGAAACGCUGGCUGCCCAAGAUCAAGUCCAUGCUGCCGGACGGGAUGGAGGUUUAUCAGGGCUCAUCGGCGGCCGUCGGCGCGGGUCUCUCCAUCGGCAGCCUCCCGCUGGCCGUUCAGAUGCCCUUCGAGUCUGACUUUAAGAAUCUUCUUCCGUCGGGCCUGGAGCAGAGGAUUUACGCUGAGCGCAAAGACCCUAUGAGAACUCACUCACUGCUGGUCGCCGACGCCUCUGAUCUGCCCGCAGAGGGAGCUGAGGGGACCCAGACGAGACCACGGCUCGAGGAAGAGGAUGAGGAGGAAGAGCAGCAGACCGACGGCACAGAGGGGACGUUAGGAGCGGCUCCCGUCUUCCGUCCAGAGCUGAGGGCGGGGUCGGUGUGGCCACGCCUCCCACGGGCCAGCAGGAGGAGGAGUUUGUGGAGGGUCUGAGAAUAAACGGGCAGUGAGGGGCCAGAGUUGAGACUCGGUACAUAUCCUCCAUGUGAAGCCACACUGAAGGGAAUUCUGGGAAAUAAUGCACUUAUGCAUGUGCUGUUGCAUUUUAUUAACCUGUUUAAAGCGGUAUGUUCAUCUGAACUCGCCUAAUGAAAAACAGCAGAAACAUAUGAGGGAUGGUGCAAACGUUUGACACAUGCGCCGGAGAACAGCUCGGGUCAUGUGAUGACCUUCAUUGCGAAACUCAAUGCUUUUCUUCCGUUCUCAAUAUCACGUUGGCACAAAAAUAGAAGUUGGAUGAUUCUCAUGAAAACAUGUCCAGGUCACAUUUUUCUUCAAAAUCAAAAGAAAUAAGAUCAUGAAAUGAUAUACAUUAUUUAUUGACAGCUAAGCACCCUCCCAAUUCUCUGUUAAACAUUUUUAAAGCAGCAUCACUGCACUGAUGUUAACAAAUAAAAUUACUCCAAUUAAACACUUGUGAUUACUUUUUAAUAUAUUGAUCUUUACAUUACAAUAAUAGGAAUUGUUGUUUUGAAUGAGAUAAUAAGAGAUUGGAGAUAAACUGGACCUUACUGUCAUGAAAAUAAUGUCUACAAAUCAAAAGAUUGUAAUGAUAUUCAUGAUCUUUUUUCAGACUUAAGUUCAUUUUGGGGUGAAAUUUGACCUGAACAUGUUUCGUAAGGUUUAUCUGCAGAGAUGUCAUACAUAACAGCUGAAAGAUCAUAGAAAACAAGAAACAACAGGAACAAAACUCGUUUCGCAAAAGUUGAUAUUUGAUUUUUUUUGACAGCACAUACGUGAUUUCUGGAGUGUCUUUCAUAUCUGACAUGUACACAGGGACAGACACAAGAGGGACGUCACGUAUGACGUCAGACUCCCUCAUGCUGAAGUGUUAACUGCUAGACUGAGCUCUCACUUUAACCGCCGGCAUUUAAAAUCAUAGAAAAACACAAAAACACACAGCUGCACUAGAAAAGAUUGUUUGUGUUAGAAUGAGUGGCACAGUUUGUCACUUUGUUGUGAUCUAAGCGAUGCUUUGGGUUUGUACUGUAAACUGUCUAAUGAAGUGACUCUGAAAACAUUUGCUAGCUUUAUCACAUUUGCACUUGAUUGGAGUUAAAGAAGCUUCGACUGUUGAGAAAGAGAGACGAUGAGCGGCAGACGUGCCCAGCAGCACUAAAACUAAUUCACAGCUGUGGUUUACAGGUGACUAAUGUGUAUAAAUUCAUAAGACGUGAAUUUACUACAGCGUGCAAUUAUUAGAAAAAAGCAAUAGUGAAACCACGCCCCCAAACCUAAUUGUCGCUCGAGGAAAAACAGAUUGGAAGUUCAUAUCAAUUAUCCACCUCAUUAAUCAGUUGAUAAAUUCAUUCUCCUGAGAUUGUGUUGAAUGUUUUUCACUUUCUCUACAGUGUGUUUUCUGUUCGUCCGUCACGUGAGCGUUUGGCUAACCGCACAAUGAUAUAUUCUGCGUCGUUUAAUAGUUUCAAAGGUGAUAAAACACGGAUUUCAUUUACACGUCGAAGUGUCCCACCAUACAAUUGAACUACCAUGUGUGGCCCUAUACCUUGAAUCUCACAAAAACAUCCCCCCAAAAUCAAAAGAAAAAUGUCAUUCGGAUUGAUUUUCAUUUUUGGACAACGAAUUGUCAGACACAAUAGAAUAGAGAAGAAUAGAAUAACUUUAUUGUCUUCGACUUUAUCUCCUCCUACUUCGGAGUCUUAAGUCUUCGACUUAAUCACAAUCACAAUAUAUUGCACAAUACAGUGACUGCAAUAGAAUGUGCGAAAUUAUCAUAAAGAUUAUCAGUUAUUAAUUACAAUUGAUCUUAAAUGUCUUUCAUUAUAAGCAAAACUUUUAGUUCUUCUGCAAAAACAUGUGUUUUUGCACAUGCGACGUUCAUGAGUUUUUACAUUUUACAGUGAAAGUGUUUUUUGAUUUUAUUAUAUUUAUUUCUUUUGAUUUCGGGGUUGAGAGAUGUCCUGGACACUUUUGUGAGAUUUAACAUGCAUUUAAAGCUGCAAUCUGUAGCUUAAUUUAGGGUUCAAAAUAAACAAAAAUCAGUUAUUGCGCAAAUACAGAAAAGCUCCAACUGUAAGCUUAUGAAGAUAAUUUAGCAUUUGAGCUAUGGAGUAUAAUUUCCUGAGAAAUGUCGGUUUGAUAUAUAAACAGGUAAAGUAACCCGCAAGCUUAAAAACAGUGCUAGGCUUGGUUUCCCGAAACCUUCGUAUCACUACGUCGUUCUUAAGAAUAUAUCGCAAGCGUAUAGACUGAGAAUGACAUAGCGUUAAGAAGGUUUUGGGAAACGCAGCCCAGGGGAUUUUUGUGAAAGGCAGAAGUCUCAGAUUGCAACUUUAGUGACACAAAACUAAAAUAACAACAUGAUGUGCUAUAUGAAAUGAGGUACUGUCAGAAUCUCCAGGUGUGUUGGGUUGUCACAGUCUCACGGUGUUUUACAGUAAAUGCAUUUCAUCUUUUCACAAAUGAUUUUCGCUUGCACUUUGUGUGUGUUGUGUUGUGCACCGUCUGUAUUUAACACACACAUGUGAAACAACUCAAGCAGUGAUGUUCUUUAUCUUCAGCAAAUGUUUUUAACCUUAAAAUAAAACCCAUCUCGUGUGUGUUUCAGCCAAAUACAGCGGUGGCAAAUAUUAUACGUGUCUUACAGAGGAUAACCGUCUCUUCUAGAUUUACAGUUGAAGGUUUUUGUUUAAUGGUUUUGAGGUUGAAAACACAUUGUGCCUUAUUGUGAUUUAUUCAUGAUGGCUCAUUUGUGAUGAGAAUUAUGCAAAACGCUGUAUGCAGUUGAUUUUUUUAGCUGAACGACCUUGAUGGAACACUCCUGAAGAUUCUGACGUAAAAGAGAAACAUCCGUGUGGCUUUUUUGAAGUUGUCUUCGUGUGAUCUUUACUAUUUUUUUUGUUGCAUUUGUGCAGUUUGUGAUCUGCACUGAAUGUAUUAACAUUUGCUGAAACAAGUGAAUAAUCCUCAUUGCCUUAACACUAGUGUUUCACACACGUCUUUAGCCACAUUAAUAUUGAAACAAAUAUUUUCACUUCCGUGCAUAUGUUUGCCAACCUUCCGUGUUUCUUGUUUUUAUCUGCCAACGAUAUGUUUGAAGCUCUGAUGUCGAUGUGAAUUCUUGCCGAGUGUUGCACUUGAUCUGCUGAGCAUUUCAGAGAAUGUCCUGUCCGGUGCACAGCUGUUUGUUACGGCAGCCUAAAUACAUGUAACUUAUAGAUUUAUGUUUAUAUUGUAGAAUUAGACCUUUAAAAAGGCCUUGUGUUUAAGCAGCACUUUGGGUUAAUGCCAUUGCUUUUGCACAUCCUGAGAGAGAGAAAGAGAGAGAGAUGAGUGUGUUUGUGUCUUGACUGAUCUAAGGUCUGUGCAUGUGUCUUUUAGAUCACAAAACCAAAUUCUGUAUCUGGAUAUGAACAUAUUUGUUAUUCAGAUCCCAAUAUAAAUAUCACACUAACGAUCAUUGAAUGUCAAUAAAUCAAAAAUCAUUCAUGGGAACCUCAAAAAGGUCAAAGGUCAUAUUUCACCCCAGAAUCAAAAGAAAAAGAAUGUUGCAUUAAAAAGAAAUGUGCAACUUAAUAACAUAAUACAUUAUAACAUUAUAACAUUGAGUUAAAUACAGCAGAAAAGAACACUUCAAAGUGUAAUAUAUUUUUUGUCCAAUAAUGUGAUUUAUGAGUAAACAUGAUAAAAAAAAUAUCUGAUUUUACGGUCAAAUGUGACCUGGUGUUUCCUGAGACGUGUCAUGUCAUUCAUACUCUUUAGAUGCUGUUUAACCAAAUGACGUACUUUUCACGCGAUUCUUCCAAUGACUCUUCACCUAUAACUGCAUGUUUCUAUAGACUCAACACGUGCGAGAAUGUGUAGGGAGGUUGAGCCCACGUGCACUACAUUGGUGUGAUUCUUUUCAUUGUUAAUAAUGGCAGCACUUUAAACGCCUCACGGUUUGUGUGCAGGUUGAUGCAAUGUUUCAAGCCAUGAGCUCACAGCGCAGACAAUCAGAGGCAGCGCAGGUUUCUUCAAUGUUUCGGCUUUUUGAUACAUGACCCAAGACUCAAACGACAUUGUAAUGUUUCUCAAGCUUUGCCUAGUGUGUCCUUACCACACAAACACUGCUUUGCAUUAAAAACAAGCAAACUGAACUCUUUAUGUGCUUCGAUUGUUGAUAUGAGAAACGACUAAAUCUGCAAAAUGUCACUGUUGUGAUGCAUAAAAUCUUGAUUCCCGGUUCAUUUCUCUGCAGCGGCUGUGUUGUUCUUGGACUGAUGACAUUGUGUUGUGUGUAAAGCUGAUUUCUUAUGAAAUGUCAUACCGAACGGUCUGCUUUUUAAUAAAGUUACACA